AUGAACUCCAAAGACAUUCAAAGCAUGUACAGAGACAGUAAACGGAACCGGCGACCAACAUCUUGCGAACAAUGUCGUAUACGAAAAGCAAAAUGUAACCGCGAACUGCCCUGCGAGAAUUGCAUCAAACGCGGCGAAAAAGCGACUUGCAAAUACGCAAGCAAUGCCAUCCGCAACUCGGCGGGCAGGCGCAGAAAUAGUAAUGUAGGUGAACGGCUGCGAAGAGUCGAGAAAUUGGUUUCGGAGCUUGUUGGCUCUGAAGGGAAUGUGCGGACUGCUGAGAGGCAGAAAGGAGUUGUCCAUGAGAGUGUUCAAGAGGAGAGAUUUGUGCCACGCAAUAGCAAUACUGCUGUUGGGAUAGAACAGCCCACUCCGAGGAAGGCAAGAGGUUAUAUAGAGGAUGCCCACUGGCUGUCGAUCCUGGAUGAUAUCAAAGAAGUCCGUGAACAACUCGCUCAGUCAGAUAUUAUGACUUCUCCAGAGGACAAUGCAGAUAUGAAUGACGAGGCGCAGGAGGAAGAGAUUGACUUGGUUUUGGGAGCUACACAACCGUUACCUACUCUUCAGGAGAUCGUCAACUCGCUGCCGCCGAGGCCGAUGUGUGAUAUGCUCCUGUCGCAAUAUUUUACAUCACCGAUUGUUUUGCCAAUUAUCCAUACUAUUAAAUUCCAAAACGAGUACGAGAAAUUCUGGCAAGACCCAUGCAAAGCACCACCCCUUUGGGUCGGACUGCUCUUCUCCAUCCUCGCCUGCGUCGCCGCCGUCGCGCAAGCCAUGACCCCAACAGCAGCAGAAACCGACAACAAACCGCCUUCUCUCCCCGUCAAACCCCUUCGCCGCAAAACAGUCCAAUGUCUCAUCAUGGGCAACUACACAAACGCCAAUUCCUACGCCCUCGAAACCCUGGUUAUGCACCUCCUAGGCACGUACAUCGACAAGCCCGACUCCAGCUUCGAUGGCUGGUUCCUGAUGGGCACCAUAAUCCGUUUAGCAAUGCGAAUGGGGUAUCAUCGCGACCCGACAACUUUAAAGCCUGACAGUAAAAUCACGCCGUUCGAAGGCGAAAUGCGAAGACGACGAUGGCAUGCAAUUCUGCAGCUCGAUACGCUAAUGUCGUUUCAAAUGGGUAUGCCGAGCGUGAUCCCCCCCGAGUUCUGCGAUACAGCACCACCCCGCAACCUAAAAGACGAGGAUAUCUGGCCUACCAUGUCGACACUCCCACCCUCCCGACCAAGCUCGGAUUACACACCGGUAUUAUACACAAUCGCCAAAGCCAGCGUGAUGAACAUGUUCCGCAAAGUCCUUGUGCACACCCACUCUUCUUCCUCCUCAACGUCACCGCCUUCAUACCCUAUCACGAUAGAAUUAGACGCCAAACUGCGUGAAACAUACGCCUCAAUCCCCGAACCCUUAAAAUGGCGACCCAUCAAUCAAUCCUUCACCGUCUCAUCGGGCCUAAUCAUUAACCGCAGCACAAUCGAACUGCUUUAUCUUAAAAGCAUCAUUGUGCUGCACAGACGCUACCUGAAUACAGAACACCACGACCCGCAACGCGAGUUCAGUCGCAGAGCAUGUAUUAACGCUGCACUGGAAGUUUUAUCAAGGCAGACGGAGUUGCAUGCCGCUACUUCCAGUCUGCAUGGACGGCUGUACGAGGAUCGAUGGAUGGUUUCCUCGUUGACGGCGCAUGAUUUUUUGCUAGCUUCGAUGGUGAUUUGUCUUGAGUUAUCUGUGCUCAUGCGAUCAUCACCUGCUGGAAAGGGAGGAAAAACGGGAUCACCGCAUUUCGGGAGGUUGCUGGAUGCAUUACUCAAUUCACAGCGAAUCUGGGAGGCGAAAAGUGUAUACUCGAAUGAGGCGCGUACGGCGGCGUUGACGUUGCAGUUGAUGAUCGAUAAAGUACAGGAGAACAGCUCAUUCUCGUCUGAGGAUAGACGAGAACCUACUUCCACGCAUCAACUUACAGACCCAUACUCACUAAGCAACACGACUAUAUCUACGGCGACUGAAUCACACUCUCAAGAAAUACCGACAUUAGACCUCCCCUUUGCAGACACAAUGACAGAAAUGAUAACCGGCUCAGAGGAUCUAGACUGGGUUGGCUCCCUCACCCCUCCCUCCUCUCCCUCAACCCCUUUUAAUCCUUUUAAUUGA